CCAUUAUGUCGGUUUUGCAACCACCAAUAAACUAUUAAAGAAGAAGCAGUCAACUCCACCGACUGCUAAAAACAUCAAUAGUAUCUUCACGUAGUUGCUGUAACCUGAUUAAACAACGUCGCCUGAACCGUGAGAGGUCAUGACUGAACAGGAGCAGCAGACCUUCAUAGAAAGAUUGGAAGAGGCACUUUCUUGGAUGAAGGCUGUACAGGAGAACCUGAGGGAAAAUGAUAACACCCAAGGGCCUUGGAAUGCCCUUGAAGCACGACUCCGAGAGACUGAGAAAAUCCACCAAUCGGAGCAUGAUGGUCAUGUAAAGAUGGACAUGGCACUAGUCGCGGCUGAGCAUCUUCUAGAGAGCGGGGAUGAAAAACUGAGGAACCACACCCUUGCGAAACUGAAAGACCUGAAAAGCUUUUGGGAGGAAACUUGUACCUACAUCAUUCACUGCCACAGUCGAAUUGAGUGGGUGUGGCUCCACUGGAGUGAGUAUUUGAAGGCCCACCAGGAGUUUGUGUUGUGGCUUACAAGGCAGCAACUUGACCUGGAUGUUGGUGUGGAGUUGCAACUGGGACUGAAGGAAAAGCUAUGGCAAGUGGACCAACAGAGAGUGGUUGUAAGUGACGUCCAUGGGCAAAAAGCCUUACUGGAAAGGCUGAUAGAUGAAGCUGCCGUGCUACACAACAGAACCCAAGAUCCUAGUCUGGACUCCCAGGCCCGGGAGAAACUGCUGAAGACCUACAGUGACAUUAGAGAUAAGGUUGAGGAACGUCUGUCGCUGCUUCAGGAGAUAGCUGAGGAGCACCAGACAUACCAGGGCAGUGUUCAGAGAUUUCAGUCAUGGCUGCUGUCAAAAACCAAAGAGCUUACAGACCUUAUGGAAAAGGAAGACACAACAGAAAACAAGCUACAGGCCUUACAAGUCUUUGAUGACAUUGUAGGCAAUGAAGAAAAAACUCUGCAAUAUAUAGAGAGUGUAGCUGAAUCUGUCAGAGCGAAGACCUCUCCUGCUGGCGCAGACGUGGUUGUAGACGAGGCUGAAGAGCUCAGGCUCGGUUGGCAGAGACUAAGGCAAGGCAUAUUUGAGGUUGAGGAGGGUCUGCAAUCCACCCUUUAUACACACAAUGAAUACACGACAAGAUGCAAGCGACUGGAGCAAGAUAUCGGACGCCUCCAAUCACGACUCCAGGAGCUGAACCUGGAACUAAAGGAGGAUUGUAAUGUUGGUGAUGACACUGAUAGCAUUGACGAGCAGGUGGACCAGUGGAGAAACUACAUGCGUGUAAGGAAGACUCUGAUAGGUGAGGAAUCCCAAGUGGACCACCUAAAAUUGCAGCUCAAAGAGCUUUUCAGGUUCUCAGAGGAUUCUCGACAUAUUUCUGAUCAUGUCCUUGACGUUGUCAAAGAACACCAGAGUGUGAAAUGCAAAGCGACAAAAUUGUGCUCCGACUCAGAGGCCUGCCUGAGAAACAUGUUCCAGGAAAAGUUGGUGUUCUUUACACAGUGGCGGAAUACGGUCUCUCAGAUUUUGGAAACUUCUGCUGAGGUCAUGGACUUCUCCCAUAUUGUCACGUUGGUCCAAAAUACUGAGCGGCUGUUGAAGGACAGUAUCCAGCUGCAGGAUCGUUUGAAUGAUCUCAGGACAAUAGAGGACUUGUGCGACUCUCUUUUUGGUCCCGAAAAGUCUGAUGGUCUUCGGAGCGAGUUGAGUACUGCUAUCAGGGACAGAGAACUGCUACAUGUUCAGCUUAUUCAAAGAAAGGCAAGACUACAGGGUUUAAUUUCAAGAACCAAUGAUUUUGGAGAUGCCUACGUUGUGAUUCGCUCAAAAUUGACCAGUCUCACAGAUAGGAUGAUGGCAAUUGAAAGACCCCAGCCUGACAUCCUGGCUAAAAAAAGUCAAUCUGAUCAAUUCAUGGUGAUCCAAAAGGAUGUUGAAGACUGUGAAGCCCACAUCAUAGCUCUUGAAACUCUAAUAUCAUCCUGUCAAAACAACCAAACUCAGUUUGAAAAGCUGUAUGCUGACUGGAAACAUCUUCACAAGACAAUUGGGGUAAAGCUUCAAGAAAGUGAGGAGCGUAUUGCAGAUCAUUCAAAUUUUCAUGACCGUCUCCUAAACCUGCAAAAAUGGUUGAUGAUCAUGAAGCAGAAGCUGGAGUCCUUCAAGAGCCCAAAAGGAGAGUGGAGCAUUGAAAGUCGUGAGCAUGAGGCACAGAGAGCACUUGGAGAGUUUCCAGAAAAGGAGUUUCAGCUACAACAGAUGGAGAUGCAUGGUCAUAGGGUUUUGAAAAAUACGUCCGAGGAAGGAAGAGUCCACAUUGUUGGAGAUAUGAAGCAUCUUCAGGAAUCCUGGUUGGCGUUGUACAGCAUGAGUCUCAAUAUUCACAGGCUACUGAAUGGCUCCAUAGACGAGGGACAGUCUGUCACGACCGAUAUGAGUGUCAGGGAAGUGGACGGUGAAUGCACUGUUCAUAGUGAAGGCCAAUCCAUACUACCUGGUAUGCAAGAUGAACAUCCCAAACUAUCAGGAAAAGGCAUGGGUGGCCACCAUUCUCAUGCUAUAGAUGAAUAUGAUUUGUCUACUUGGACCAUCCAGAGUAAAGCAGGUCUGCCUCUUGCCAAAGAAUCUCCAGAGGAUACAAAUCCUAAGACUGAUAUAUCAAGAGCGGGUGACAGUUAUACCUUGAACACAGCGAAAAGCAGUCUGGUUGUUAGUCCUGAAGAGGGAACAAUGAGUCCAGAAGAAGGAGCCAUGGCAAUAGAGGAGAGCCAAGCUAUCGGCAAAGCCAUGAUUUUCAGAGAUGCUUCAGCCAAGCUGCAAGCCAUCACAUCAACUCAAGACAAAACGAUGAAAGCAGAUCUAUAUGAGUCUAGGAGGCGAAAAUUUGAGGCAUGGCUCUGUAAAGAAAAUAAACUACUUUCAAGCAUCCUUAGCAACCAGGGAGCAAUACUCAAGGGCAAAAAACUCAAGAUGCAGCAGGAUACCCUAAGCGCCCUGUGGUCAAGGGUAACCUGGGGUCAGGAGCAGUUCCAACUUUUGCUUCAGGAAAAUGGAGUUCAUAAGACUCGUUCAGGUCAAGCAGUAAAUGCAAGUCUGGAAGAACUGCGCUACCGCUGGAUGCUCUAUAAGUCCAAGCUGAAAGCUGUAGGUGGUCUUGGGACUACGUACAGUUCAAAGAAACCUGGGCUGCUGCAGAGGGUGUGUCGACUGGCUCUUCCUCUUUGGAUCCUCUUCCUGGCUCUAUUGCUGUUGGCCUUUAUCUUGCCUCUCGUCGAUGAAGGCAACAGCUGCUCCAUCUCCAACAACUUUGCAAGAUCUUUUAGCGUUAUGCUGCGGUAUUCUGGACCACCACCUACAUAGCUGCAGCCUAUUUUACUUUGUUACAACAAAUUACUCACUUAUAAUAUUCUGAAGAGACAUCUAACAAGUUUUCAGCUUCAGAAUGUAAACGCCAUUCUAUCAUUUUUAUUGCAUCACAGUUUAUAUAUUUUAUUAAGCUUAUACAGCCUUUGAAUCUUUUUUUAGCCUUUUUUUGACAAUGCUUGCCUACAUGCACAACUGUAACUUAACAUAAUGCUAUAACAAUGAGUUGUACUUAUAUAUAUUUUUAACCACUGUAUCAUUAGUUUUUAUCUUUGGCUGUGCUAGUGUGUCAAAAAAUGAACAGUGGUAACUCGAGAUACGAAAGCUUCGGUACAUGAAAAAGUCAUUUUAUAUUUUUGAAGCUUUUUUUUUGCUUCACGUUAUGAAAAGUUUAUCAUACAAAAGAUAAUAUGUACUUUAAUAGAUCGUUGCCACUUGCAGCAAGGCAACGUUAUUCCUGUCUGUUCCUUAUUAUUACACUUAGUCAGUUUUGAUGAAUAAAAGUUGGUAAAUAUGUCAGGUUGUUGUCUAGAAUGACUUAAGUCCGCCCACCCCCUUUAGCAUUACUUUAUCUACAGGUAUCAAGUAAAAAUAAAGUGGAGAAAGUGUGGACUCGUAAUCCAUCAAAGUACCCACGUUUCCUGAAUGCAACAUCAUUUGGGAUUACAGUGAUCCCUUGCUACUUUGCGCUUCAAACGUCGUGCCCUCAGUAUCAUCGCAGAUUGUUUUCAAUUUAAAAAAUGAAUAGGUGGCACGGUGGCUGAGUGGUCAGCACAUUCGCCUCACAGUUCUGAGAUGAAUGGUUCAAUCCCGGGGUCCGGCCUUCACAUGUUCUCCCUGUGCCUGCGUGGGUUUUUUCCGGGGACUCCGGUUUCCUCCCAAAAACAUGCGUAGUAGGCUGAUUGAACACUCUAAAUUGUCUGUAGGUAUGAGUGAGUGCGUCAAUGUGCCCUGCGAUUGGCUGGCAACCAGUUCAGGGUGUACCCCGCCUACUGCCCGUAGUUGGCUGGUAUAGGCUCCUGCACCUCCCCGACCCUCGUGAGGAAAACCGGCAUGGAAAGUGAAUGAAAAAUAAUAAUAAAUGCAGGAUUUUCAUCCGGUCACGUACAGCCUCUCAAUCUCCAUCCUGAAGCGUUCCUUUCUCACCGGCAGCUGCAGCUUGGUAAAGUUAACAAUGAGUGACAAGGGAGCUGCUUUGAAGUUGCUAGAGAAGCCUUUUCAAAGGCCGCCUCGUUUAACUUGUUAAAUAUUGGCUGUAGUCGCUAUGGCAACUUGUUUUGUUGUGUGCCGUUCUAGCAGCAUGACAGCAGAAUUUAAUAAUUAUACUUUGGGGGAAAAUCAUGUCUCAUCUGUAUCUCAAAAAAAAAGGAAAAUUUUUCUGUAAAUAAACCUCUACUUCGUGGAUUUCGAUUAUUGGGGGGGGGGCAUUGACUGCAAUAAACGGGGGAUCACUGUACUUGUUUUGCUGUCCCUCAAGAAAAUAUGUCUCCCGUUGAGACCAUGGCCCCUGCGCCAAAACACGGCCAAAAGUUGUGAAAUUGGGGAGAGAAAAAAAAACAUGGUGAAAAUAAGAUACCUGAAAAUAUCUUUGCAACUGGAAAAAUGUGUUUCCAGAAUUCCAGAAAAAUUAAAUUUUCAAAUUUUUUUUUCCUCAAUCGCUUUUCAGAUAACAGUAUGUUUGGCCUUGAUUUAGCACCUUUGUGUCAUCACAAAGUUGGAAAAUGUGUUCAGUAACUUUUAAGAAUGAACGUUUAUCAAGGCUUUAUCUGCUGUGACAACCCCAACUUUAUUUCAAUGGUUUAUUUGCAACCGAAAGGACUCUUCACCUUGCACUGUAAAUAGCUUUCAGUGUUUCCCCUAGGAUUUUUUGAAGCUGUGGUGGUGGGCUGCAUCGGAGUCGGACAGCCUCACCAUGUCGUGCCACAGCGAAUUUUUUUUUCUUCAUUUUUUCCCCCAAGAAGAACCAUAACAAAGAUAUAUUUGAAAUAUUUCAUUAGCCAGGCUAAUGUUGUACCUCUCAGCUACAGUACAUGUAUGUAAAAUGCGUAGCUGAUUACAGCUACGUUACCCGAUGUACUAAUGCGACUUUUUUUCUCGUGGCAAUAGUACGACUUACAUCUCGUAGUGACUCAGGGUUGGCAACCCAAACUGAUGAAAGAGCCAUAUUUGACCCCCAAAAAAAACAAAAAAAAAACUGAUACAGUAUGUCUGGAGCCACAAAAAAUUAAAAGCCUUGUACAAGCCUUAUAAUUAUCGAUACUAGCUAUAUUAGCCUACUAUAGAAAUGACUAAGUUGGCUAGAAAUACGUAAUUAGCCUUCAUGAUUAAAUGUUUAUUUUCCCUGCAGUGGAUCCUAUAGAGAAUGACGCACCACGUGACUACUCUGUUGUACUAUGCCACCACAAGUUUAACUUCAUUACAAUAUUAAUGAAUUGAAAGAAUGUUUGUGUCAUGUUUGUCCUCCUAGAAAUCCUAUUAAAACAAAAAAAUAUAUUUCCCUCCCCCAUCUUUUUCCAUUAAAAAAAAAAAAAAAAAAAAGCUCCGAAGCAUCGCUAAAGAGCCGCAUGCGGCCCGAGAGCCGUGGGUUGCAGACCGUGGUCGUAGUCCUCCUUUUUCCUUUUAUUUGACCCUCAUAAGUACUACAUUACCACAACAAUAACAGUCCUUCUGUCAACUGACCCAUUUAGAGCACUGGGGGAAUUCUAAUAGCCGUGUAAAGAGUUUUACUUGAUUCGGUGAGAAGGUGAAUAGUUUUUUCCCCGUUGUUCGUAAACUAAAUUUCCACACAAAGGCACGUCGAGGUACCAUUAACUUAGCAAGGAGAGGUAUGAGAGUCAUUUUUCGAGUGUCCCAGAGCUCGCGAAAUUUGGGUGGGGGGGGCGCAUUUAUCAAAGUUUCGUCAGCCGUAAUUGUCUGAAGUUGGCGCGCCGGUGUUGUGCCGAAAAAUAGCCACUCCACGUGAAAUGUCUCCCCUGACGGGAGCGCCCACACGUCACUCGUACAAACAGCCUUUUCUUACCAAUCGAUGGAACCAGAAACGACGUUCUUGUACCGUGAAUAUGUAUCAUUUUACUCUGCUUGAACUGAUAAAUCGUUUACUGUGACCAACGCUCUGAAAAUAGAGCAAGGCUUUAUUUUGGGCCCCGCCUCUCCGCAGUCUCUCAGCGCAAGUUAGUCAAAGUUUGCUUUCCGUCCAAGACGGCCGUCCACCGCUCACUUUCGCCGAAAAGUCCGAUCCAAAUUAUUGUAAUGCCCCGGAUAUGGGCAAGAAGGAGAGAAGUCUGUAUUUGCUUUAGGGCUGCAGCUAUCGAAUAUUUUAGUAAUCGAGUAAUCGGAUAAAACAAAUAUAUUUUUAGGUGAAGAGCAAUUAUAGAUAUACAUGAGAAAACAAGACAUUUUAUCAUUUUCAGUCAAUCAAUGUCUUUAUUUUUGAUGUGUAUUGUUGAAAACGGCCAACAAUUGCAUCUCAGAUGUAACUAGGAUUAAAAAAAAAAGACUAAUUCACUAUAUAUAAAUAUAUAUAUAUAUAUAUAUAUAUACACACACCUAUAAAUGCCUUUACGCUUGAUAACACACUUCGCUUAAAAGUUACGAUUUUUCCCCACGUUUUUCAAUUGAAUUUUUAUUUGUGUCAAGCCAUUUUUAAGUUCAAGUAAAGUUUUAAGUUAGUCUAAACUGUAAGUCCUGAUAGGAUUUUGAAUUUUUGCAGUGUUCAAAAUAAAUGUAUGAUACAGGCUGUAUUGGAGCACAUUAGGGACUAGUGCUACUUGGUGUUUUAUCCAGCAAUGACUACUGAGCUAAAAUUGAUAGUUAGCAUUAUUGAGUUUUUAUUUGACACCCUCAUCACUCCACAACGCUAUGUUAUGUUAAAGCCUGUAUGUAAGACACGUUAGCCACGCAUCGAAAGUGGUCUUAAUUAAUAGAAACCUAGCCCUCCGCAGGGCUAACGUUACUUGAGCUAGUAGUGACAGUAACGUUAAUCUUAUAUAUUAGCGCUUAGCGCUCUUUGUUAGCGCUUAGCGCUCUACUGCUUUAAGAUGGCGGCUGUUUGCUAACGCUGCCCAGACGCGGCCUAGUCUGUCAUUGUCCAUCUAGUUCAACAUACAUGUGAUCUCUAUGAGACUCACCAGAGAGAUGGCGGCUGUUUGCUAACGCUGCCCAGACGCGGCCUAGUCUGUCAUUGUCCAUCUAGUUCAACAUACAUGUGAUCUCUAUGAGACUCACCAGAGCUAACUGCAACUAACGUAGCAUGUGCAGGCUAGUAUUUUGCAACGUCGGAGUCGUUUGUAGCGGCUGUCUGCUGCAGUAAGUUUUUUUUUUUUUUGCUUCUUCCUCUACGCACGUGACAUCAGCGCGUUGUCCCGCAUUAAAAGUAGUCCGAGCAAAACGUGAUGCUUAGAGCUGUCAAAAUAAACGAAUACUCGAGGUGAAUAAAAUUACUCGGAUCAGUUUUUAAACUCGAGUUACUCGAGUUGCUCGAGUAUUCGUUUCAGCUCUAAUUUGCUUACCCACUUUAUUGUGGUAACAAUAAUAAAGAAAAACAAUAACAAAAUAACAGCGGGCUGCUACGACAUGCGACCGCUAUCUCUCGCUAUCUCGCUCGUUCUCCCAUUCUUCCUACUCGUUCCCCUUGCGUCUCUUAAGGGGGGGCCUGCAUAGUUACGAACAUUAGGCUACAAUACACAAUGAAUAGGUGUCCGCUGUACUCCUCCCACUCGGCUGCCGCUAGUUUGAAGCGGCCUUAAAAAUUUUUUUAUAUUUAAAUAAAUAAAUAAAAUACAUCUCAUUUGCCAGGCGUGGCGGCUUUCAUUUUAGUGUGGCGGUGCGCCACAAUCUGUUGAAUAUAGGGGAAUCCCUGGCUUUCACUUUGGGCACCUACACACUCAUUCAGAGGUUUCGGGGAGAGUUGGGAUCCCGGGCCGGCACCCCCUAAAAUUUAAUGCACCAUAGCCCGAGGAUGUGGGGUGGGUGACGUGACCGUUGCCCUCCCACUGCCAUUCCCGCACUCCAUACAUACUUCAAGGGAGAGCUACGGCGAGGGGCAGUGGGGUGUGUGGAUGACAAGAAGUUCCACACGGCGGUCCCACUGCCCUGUCAGCUGGGCUCUCCCAUUUUAAUGCAUACACUGCACUACCCUUCCCAGACAAACCCAUCACGGUGCUGGGUAGGGGCCAGUUGGUUUUGUCUGCCGCCCUAGCUGGGCGACAGGCUGGUCCCACACAUUUCUAUAUGGCGGUGCUCCCGGGGCAGGGAUUCCUCUUUGUGAGGGCUGUCGGUUGCGAGAGAGUUUGGGCUCCUGUCCCGCGCCGCCUCUCAGCAUUCUGCUGCUUCCCCCUUCCUCUCUUUUUGCUACCUCGGCAUCCUCCUUGGGCCCCAGUGUGGAUGCCAGGCGAGGGCGCAGGGUGUCGCCCAGUCCAGGAGGGGAUCCCUUCCUGCCCCGGGCCUAGUGGGCCAUGAAGAUCCUACGGUGUGCCGCGUCUGUUGGGGUGGUUGGGGAUCCGGGUGGGACCCCUCAUCCCUUCCUUGAGGGCUGGUUUUAUCGCACCCAUGGGGGGUGCUGCGCUUGCUCCCUCCCGAUUGGCUGGGGUGGUGCUGGGGCUGCCUCCACGCAGCAUUUCCAUUUUUCUGCAGGACAAUUACACGUCUGAGUGGGUUCACGCAUUACUGGGUGGAAAUUAGACACGCAGGUCGAGAGAUUGUCGGUGCCAGCAUCAGGGAUCAGGUAGCAUAGAAUAGGAUGUCAACAUAUCCAUACUUACAUAAUACUAGGUUCCCCCACACCACAUUGCUGAAUUGCGUACGUUCCACUCCGCCUAAUCGCAUCUCCGAGACAUGACAAGAGAAAGGCUUUUCUAGAUUUCUUCUGUUACCUGUAUGAUGAAAAUUUGCUCGCAUAAGGAGACCAUCUCUCAUUAAGCGCUCGUAUCAUCAAAAACUUGUAAAGUGAGGUAUUUGUUCAAUGCAGACAAUUUGCAUUAUUGGAUGAUCAUCUCAGACCUGUUUAUAUUUUCAUUUGUCUUUUAUUUUGUAUAUUAGUACUGCAUGAGAGCUCACCUUUUGUAAUCUUUAAAAUAGUUUGAAAAAAAUAAAAAUGACCUCAUUUUGAUGUCUGUCACUGUUAUUUUAAAUACUUGUUUGCUUUUGAUGAAUGGGCUGUCCAUUUCAAGCAUUUGAUGUGCUUUAGAAGUUUUAUGCACUUGGAUUUUCAGUUUUCACUCAUUGCAUUAAUGUACAAAAUUUAAAAGUUGAUGUGAAAAAAAGCAGCAAACCAAUUGAAAAAAAAAACAUAUUGCAGUUACAAUGCAUACCACUAGGAGGUUUUCUAUUUUAUUUGUGGAAAUAGAAUUUAAUGGCUGCAAGACUCAAAAUUGGAAAUAUUAUUUUGCUACUUAAGUUGGAGUGAUAAAGCUUACACCAUAUUAACUCGUUCACUGCUAUUGACUGUUAAGGCAAGGCAAAUUUAUUUGUACAGCACAAUUCAACACAAGGUCAUUCAAAGUGCUUUACAUCACAUAAAAAUCCAAAGCACAAAUAAAAUGAUACAUAAAAUCAUGUUAAAUCAUCAAGACUGUUGAAAACAAAACAGGAAAUAGAAAUACAACCCAAAAAUUGAAUGUAAAGCAAAAGUCAUAACAUGACAUUUGAAGUAUAUGGGCAGUUAUGAAUACACUGUGGUAAACAAUAGUUUUUUUUAGCCCUGAUUUAAAGGAGCUAACGAUUUGAUUUCCAGAUGACCUUAGGAGUCUAGAUGCCUGUUAGGGGUUGAACCAAGCAUGUGCAAGGUCAUUAAGAUUUUAUAGUCUAUCCUUUGACUCACAGGAAGCUAGUGAAAAUAUUUAAUUACUGGUGUAAUAUGGUCCAGUUUGCUUGUAUUUGUAAGGACGGUAGCAAUCUAUUAGCUGCAGGUUCCUGGUUCAUGUUUUUAAGAUCUUUAAAUAUACCAUUACAAUAGCCCAAUCACAAAAAAAAAAAAAAGUAUGGUUGUUUUUCCAUGUCUUGUUUGGACAUAACUCCCUGAAAGGCUUCCAGUCUAUUUAAAAAUCCAAAAAUAAUAUAUAUUUUUUUUCAUCAUUCACUUAG